UUAGAACGUGUACUUCUGUACCAGCGAGAUGUAUACAAUCUAUGACGACGUAUGGCGGUCGGCGGAUUGCGAUUCGAAAAGAGACAGCGCGCUCGUCGAUCAGAGAAGUGGUCAGCGGUACGACGUUGUGGGAAUGAAUAAUAAAUUUCUUUUUCUUUGUUGAAUUUGUUCGUUUCUAUGUUCGGUGUGAUACUGAUAUACACAAUAAAAACACGCAGCACAUUAAUUAAUGGCAAGUGAAAACACGGACGAGGUAUUUGAGUCGUUCGAAAAAAAAACAAUACCUAACCUCGUCUGCUUUACCAAUGGCUACAUCGGCUACAUCAGACGUUCUACAAUUUCAUUACCGUAUAGAGAAUGAAGUCGCACAAAAUGCUGCCAAGAAUUUCGCUGGAAUGCUUGGAAAGGCAUUCGAACAAUAUAAAAAAUUAUGGAUUGAAUAUUUAAAAUUGCGAAAGUAUUGUGAAGAUGCUGAUGUUAAGAUUCCAUUUCAGUUGUUCGAAUCAGAAAGUGACAAUAAGGAUCUUGAAAUAUUGUCACAAUGCUCUGAAAGUCAUACAGAACCACUUGAUAAAUAUACAAGUCAAGUAUUAUCUGAGAAUGCAAAAUUAUCUGUAUCUACCUAUGAAAGUAUUUCGAAUGAAUGUGGUUCUGGUAUUGUAUCUAAUCCAAAGCAAAUAGAAAAAAAUAAGUUAUUACAUAGUCCGGUACUUAUAAAAAAGCGUAAUAAAUUUAGAAGAAGCAGUGUAAUGUCUGGUCGUUACAUUUUAGACGAUUCUGAGGAAAACAUUAAAUAUAUACCAGCCAAAGAAAAUAUUCAGAUUUUGGCAAACAGUUCUCAAGAAGAUAUCUAUGACACAUCUGUUGAGACAAAAAAAAGCGAAUGUUCAGUCAUUGAGAAUAAUAAUGAUGAAAUAGAAUGUACACCCUUAUCCACUAUGCCAAGAAAACUAGGAGUUAGUAAACUGUAUAAUGUUGAUACCACAUUAUUGAGAAAUGGUAGAAAAUUGAAACAGUCAACACUCAUGUUUUUUCCAAAUGAACGAAGUACAGAAAACAUUGGUCAUGAGAUACACAAAGAGUUAGCCUUAUUGAAACCACAUAUGUCUCUUACACCUCAAAGAAAAAUACAACAAAAUUCAAAGUAUCUUAGUUCUAUGAGAGCAGCAGAGGAAGAAAUAGUUGAAGAUAGUCCCACCAAACCUUCAAAGCUUCAUGAAAAAAGUAGUAGGGGAGACAAUGAUGUAUUUGGUAAACUUACUGACAGUAAAACUAGAGAUAUAAAGCUGGAUUCGUUAAGCAAUCCAGUCAGUCUCAAUCAGUACUUACCUGUAUACACAUCCAUGCAAAAAGAUGAACCAUACUUAAUAAAAAGAUUAAAAACAUUUAGUAAUUCAGACAAUGAAAGUGUUGACAGUGAAAGUAAUAUGUUAACUUCUCCAACAUCCCCAACACUUGUUAGUGCUGAACAUUUAAUUGUCGAAACGCCAGAGAGAGAAACUAAGAAAUUAGAAGUCAGAGGAAAUGAAAACCAAGCACAAAAACGAAAAUUUUCGGAAACAAUCAAUGAAACAUGCGGUUAUAAUACUUCAGCAGGUGACGACGAAACAUUCUGCCUGUUAGGUGAAAGAUUUAAAGAAAAAUUUGUUUCCAAUGUAGAUAAUACCAAAGAUUUUAAAGAAAGAAUACCUAAGAGUACUUCAAGUGAACUUUCACCUGUGAAAAAAAGUCUCUUGGACAGUUUUGAUAUGGUACCCGAGAAAAAACAAGUUUUUUCUGGUAAAUCAAAAAGCAAAGCAGAAAGGGCAAAGAUGCAGGGUGUUUCUUGUUGGGAAUGUAAAAAGUACUAUGCUGAACUUGGACUUUCUGAAAGAGAAAUAAAACAAAGGCAGAAUCAGUGUUCUCGGCAUAGAACGAAGUACAAUGAAAGAGAAAGUACACCCGAAGGAUUUUGGGAUCCAUUGUUUCCUGAUACAUUUGCAUCCAGUUUCCAAGAUGACUGA